UUGAAGUCAUGGAGACACCAGGAGGAAAAGCAAAGAAAGGAUUUGCAGGAAGAAGAGGUGGUGGUCCUAAAAAGAAAGCAGUCACAAGAUCAGUCAAAGCUGGUUUGCAAUUCCCAGUUGGUAGAAUCGGAAGAUAUCUUAAGAAAGGUCGAUAUGCUCAACGUGUUGGUAGUGGUGCCCCUGUUUAUCUCGCCGCAGUUCUUGAAUACCUCGCAGCUGAGGUGUUGGAAUUGGCUGGAAAUGCAGCUAGGGAUAACAAGAAGACAAGAAUUAUACCAAGGCAUGUGUUAUUAGCUGUAAGAAAUGAUGAAGAACUUGGGAAGCUUUUAUCAGGUGUUACCAUUGCUCAUGGAGGAGUUCUACCAAAUAUUAACCCAAUUUUAUUGCCAAAGAAAACUGCUGAAAAAGCAUCUACUGCUAAAGAGCCAAAGUCUCCAAAAGCUGGAAAAUCACCUAAAAAGGCAUAAUUGUAGAAACCCUAGUUAAUGUUUAUGUUGCCCUUUUUUGUAUUAAUUUCUGUGUUUCCUUUUUUAUUUUCUUGGGUCUGUUGUUAGGUCUUGUUGUUUAAUCUGUAAGUGGUACAUGUUAAGUAAAUCGUUGGAUGUUUUAGUACUCUUUUUAAUCAUAUUGUUGAAAUGAAUGUUUAUCUUCCGAUAAAUGUUGAAAUGAAUGUUUAUUUCAAUGAAUUUGCCUACUCUUUU